AUGCUCCGAAAGGAGGCCCAUUCGGGGGCACGGGGGCCUCGCCGACGCCUCUUCCGAGGGCUCCGAUGCUCGGAAGGGAAGGGGCCCGGCCCAGGGGAAUCGGGCUGCUGGUCUGCAGGCACCUCCUCAGCAGAGGUGGUGGAGGACCAGGGCUGGCACCCUGGAUCUUUUCCUUCGGAGCCCCCAGCUGUGCUGGCCGUAGACAUGGGCAGAGAUCAAGGCCCCGGGCUCUGCGAUCUCUGCAGGAGCCGGUCCCCCGGGGCUGCCUGGCUUUUGACCACUGGCGCCUUACCUCCUCUGCCCCUUGGCUGCGUCUUUCUGCCUGGGCCCUUUCCUCUGGAAUCAAAUGCCUGCCUCUCCGCUACCCGUGUGUCCCUUCUUACAAAAGGAGGCAUCCUUCAAAGCCGGGCAAAUGCCACGGCAAGCGGGGGGAGUUCGAAGCAGCCCGGUGCCCCUGCGGCCCAGGAGCAGAGGGUGGGCGAGGCCGGCGGGGGGCCCUCUGGGCCGCCUCACAGACGCUGGGCGUCACCGGGCCCCUCCGCGAAGCCCCCUAAACUCUCCCUCCUUUCUCUGCCUGCAGGGGGGUUGCCACAGCUCCUCCUCGCCCUGCUGGCAGUGGCGAUCCGCGCCUCGGGCGGCUGCCCCGUGGACUGCGUCUGCUACCCAGCGCCCAUGACGGUCAGCUGCCAGUCCCACAACUUCCUCACCAUCCCGGAGGGCAUCCCGGAGGAGAGCGAGCGCGUCUUCCUGCAGAACAACCAGAUCUCCCUGCUGCUGCGGGGCCACUUCAGCCCCUCGCUGGUCACCCUCUGGGUGUACUCCAACAACAUCACCUUCAUCGACCCAAACACCUUCGCGGGCUUCGUCCACCUGGAGGAGCUCGACCUGGGCGACAACCGCAACUUGCGGGAGCUGUCGGCGGAGACUUUCCACGGGCUGGUCCGCCUCCACGCGCUGCACCUGUACAAGUGCGGGCUGAGCUCCCUGCCCAGUGGCCUCUUCCAGGGCCUGCACAACCUGCAGUACCUCUACCUGCAGGACAACCACAUCGACUACCUGCACGAAGACCUCUUUGCCGACCUCGUCAACCUGAGCCACCUCUUCCUGCACGGGAACAAGCUCUGGAGCCUGCACCAGAACACCUUCCGGGGCUUGGUCAACCUGGACCGGCUGCUCCUGCACCAGAACCAGCUGCAGAGCGUCCACCGGCGGGCCUUCCAUGACCUCCGGCGGCUCACGCUGCUCUUCCUGUUCAACAACAGCCUCUCCGAGCUCCAGGGGGCGGCCCUGGCCCACCUGGGGGCCCUGGAGUACCUGCGCCUGAACGGGAACCCCUGGAACUGCGACUGCCGGGCCCGGUCCCUCUGGGACUGGCUGCGCCGCUUCCGGGGCUCCAGCUCCAGCGUCAUCUGCGAGUUCCCCCCGCGCGUCCAGGGCCGGGACCUGAAGGAGCUCCCGGCCGAGGACUUCCGCGGCUGCUCCAGCUCGGAGUCCCUGCACCAGAUCAACGUUCCCCGGCUCCCCUCAGCCGACAGGGCGCCCCCCAGGGACCACCCCCCACUCCACUCCUCCACGGAGAAGGGCAAAGCAGGCGAGCACAGCCUCCCGCCCGGCCAGCGCCCGGGCUACCGGAAGCCCAGCAAGAACUGCACCAAAAGCCGCAACCGGACCACCAAGCCGUCCUCCCUGGGGCCCUGGAAGACCGCGGAGGAGAUGCCGGGCCACGAGCACAAGACGGAGCACGGCAUGCUGCCGAAGCCGAAGGGCAAGUGCCCACGGACGCCCAUCCUGCCGCCCAGCGGGGUGCAGCAGGCGGCGGGGGGGCGCGCGGGGCGCAGGGGCGAGGGCGGCGGGGGGCACCCAGGCCGCGCUCCUGGCCUGGGUGCUCACCUUGGUGGUGAUCAUCCGCUGACCGCCCCCGAGCCACACCGGGCCACCGCUGGUCCCCGGCGCCCCGGCGUUGUUGUUGCUUCUUUUUCUCUGCGCGAGUGUCUGGCUGUGUGGAGACCGCCACUCCGGCCGGGCCCGCUCCUGGCCCUCGCCCGCGGCCAGCACGGGGAUCCCACGGGCCUGGACUGCGUGGACCACGCUGAGCGCAGCAGGGAUGGGAUGACAGCAGCCCGAGGGAGCACCUGCGGAAGGGAGCCGUCCCCCCAGCCCACGCCAGAGUGA